AUGAAUAUCUCGGCUAUCCUCACUCUGCUCUUUGGGCUGGCUUCAGCUCACCUGGCUCAUACGCCUGUUGUUCUUGAGCCACAGAUGAACCAGCAUGGAUCCGAUUUCAAUAAAGCUAAUGGAGAGCUUCCUGAAAUGUCUUCAGAGCGCAAUCAACCCGAGGGCUCUUUGGAGACAAGAAACGACAUGACAAUAGAAAAGAGACAUGGGGCUCCAAAAACGCAAACUAGUGCCCCAUGGGGCCUAAGAUCUAUAUCUCAUCGACUCCCUGGGGUUAUCUACGAAGGAUUUCCCCCAAGUCAAAACUCGGAAUACUACUACGAUACUAAUUCUGGCUCUGGUACAUUCGCGUAUAUUCUGGAUGACGGUAUCCGUGAAACACACAAAGAGUUUGAGGGCCGCGCAAAGAAUAUCUAUAGCAUAUUCCCCGAGAAACAAGCCGGCGAUUAUGUUCACGGAACUGCAGUCGCCGGAAUUAUUGGCAGCAAGACAUAUGGUGUCGCAAAAAAGACGACUCUUUUAUCCGUCAAGACACUGGGAACAACAGGCGCUGCCCAUUCCGAGGUGCUCAAGGCCCUUCUCUGGACUGCAGAACACAUCGCCAAUAAUACCCGGCAAAAAUCAUCCGUUAUCAAUCUAUCCUUUGGCGUUGAAAAGAGCGACGCAUUAAACAAGUUUAUCGAACUACUUGUCGGUAAGUACGAUAUUCCGGUAGUUACCGCUGCCGGUAAUGAGGGCGAGGAUGCUAGUACAAAAACCCCAGGGUCUGCCAAGGGAGCUAUUAACGUCGGUUACAUUAAUAAACAAUGGGGGCUUGCACCUCGUUCUAAUUGGGGCCCGGCAGUAACUAUUUUGGCUCCUGGGGUUGACGUGGAAACUACCGGUUCAGAGAGUGAUACCAAUGCUGUGUUAAAGAGUGGUUCCUCUUAUGCUGCGCCCUAUAUUUCUGGGCUGGUGUUGAACGUAAUAUCCGUCCAUGGGGUUAAAGGCGCCGCCAACAUCAAGAAAUAUCUCCUGGAGAAAGCGACGAAAGACCGGGCUUGUGUUUUCAAACGCACGCCAAACCUGGUAGCGAACAACGGGAAUGCCAUGCAAGACAAGGUCAAGCCAGGUGAUAAAUCUGCGCUUUCCAAACUAAUGUGUUGUAUUAAGGAGUCGCUGAACAAGUGUAAAUAG